AUGGCGAGCCCUAAUCCUGACUCGGAUUUAUCUUCCAUGUUUAUACGUAGAGGGGAGGGUAAAACAUGCAAAAGUCCGACAAAAUCAGAACCAUCGUCGAGAAGGAAUUCCCUAAAGAAUAUACCAGCUGAAGUAAUUACGGUUAAAGAUUUCUUCGACUUUAUGAAAACUGCAUAUCAAGUUUAUGAGCAUUUGGAAGGCGAUGAGGAUGAGGGUAAUAAAAUAAACUGGGAGGAAUUAACUAAAUUGACGGUAAUCAACCAUGUCAUUGAACAGCAGGAGAGAGAUCUUUUGUAUCAAACAGCAUUUACUGAACAAAAACCCAUAACUAGUAAGAGUGAUACAGCUAUCGAAAGAAAGAACAGUGAGGAGAGGACGGAUAAACGGUACAGCUGUAGCGAAAUUGAAGGAAAAGGACGUAGGCGCUCGUUACCUCGAGAAGCGAGAGUGGAAAUGCUUGGAGUCUGGACGGAAGCCAAUUUAAAUUGCAAACUAAAUGAUGUGAUAAAUGAAGGAAUACUGGAUUCUAUUCUUCCUUAUUUGGUUGGUUAUAAGAAACCGUCAAAAACGACUAGUGUAUAUACUCCGAUAAUAAAGAAAACGCCAUCUAAUGUAUCAACGGACAUUAAAAAACCAGCUAGUUUUGGAGCUUUCGUGAAUGAGAAAGAAUCCAGAGAUCGUUUAGGAAGGCGUAAGUCUUCUGUUGUUGCAGCACAAGAACGCAGUAACCAAAAACAGGACGGUGACGUUGAAAUACACGUUUGCGAUGAAGUUAAAGGCUUGAAAAAGGACUUUAGAUGUCCGCAAAAAUUACUCGUGUCUAAGAUGGGUUAUUUUGCGGACGUUACUGCUGGUCAGAGGUUGGAGGACAUGGAUAUUUCUGUGCAUUGUGAUAUUCAGAUUUUCGACUGGUUGAUGCGAUGGGUAAAGCGUGAUACGAUCCUCGUGGCUGACUGGCCACUCCUGGACCCUCAUAAUGUUGUACCAAUUCUUGUUUCAGCUUCUUUUCUGCAGAUGGAACCACUUCUACACGACUGCCUCAUCUAUUGUCAUGCUCACAUGAAUGAUAUUGUCAAAACAUCUACCAAUCUGGCGUGCCUUAGUGAUGCACUUUUGACUAGAUUGGCUGCUAUGUAUACCAACGCUGAGUUAGAAGCUAUCCGUGAUCGCAAAGACAAGAUACAAUCCCGUUUGUAUUGCAAGAUGAUCCUGUCUCUAGCUGAACCGGUGCCGGAGACACUACGAGGACAUUAUGCGACUCUAGCGACGCUCUUUAAAUGCAGCAAAUGCAAUAAAUUGUUGGGUCGUCACAUCGCGGAGCAGGUGCCUUGUCAGCCUGCCAACAUGCGCAUAGACAGACGUGGAAACGUUAUUUCUACUCAUAAUAAGGACUUAUCUUGGAGCCUUAAUGAGUACAUAACGUGGUUGUACGGUGAACUACGGUCAUGGCGGCGCGUCUACUGGCGUCUCUGGGCUGACUGCCACUUUCUACGCUGUCAGUUGUGUGAUUCAUAUUUUCCGGCAUAUCAGAUGGAGUGGUGUUCGCAACACGGAGAAGGUGCGCACGCUCUGGCGCUGGAAGGACGUGCGUUGUCCGCCGCACGACACGCGUGCUGCGGGGAGCGCGCUUACCGCUUCGAGACAAUCCCUAGGAACACGGGUUGUCAAUUCCGCGAACACGUGCCGGAUGAGCGGCUGGCUGCCGAUGCUGCUGUAAUGGAACUGUACAACAAUUUCCGAGACAUCAUAGCCAUGAGACCUCCUCAGCUAAUGUUCCCGGAGAGGCUGACCAGACUCGUUCCGAGAGAAACCGGUGAAGAUCCAAGCGGUCGUCUUCAGUGCAGGGAGGUGUUCUGGUGGGAGGGUAUCCAACUUGUACCACCCCGACAGCCACUCGGCUUAUUGGGACGGCUCUAUACCAGCAACACUAAGUUCAACCCGAACGCGCGUCCUGGCUCACCCGUUUUGGGUGCGGUUCGCACAUCUGUGCAGUCGAUCGCCGGGAAUUGCUCGACUGUUACAUGCGCGUCGCCAGAAGUAAAAGAAGCGAAGCCGAAACCUCCAGUUAAGGAAGAUAGUCCAAGAAAGCAAGGCGCUGGCAGCGGUGAGGGCGGAGACUCUGAGUCUAGCGAUUCCAGUGAACAGAGCUCAGACAGCGAUCGCAGUGAGGAGGACGUGCCUCGGCGCUCCCGUGCUAGGACCAGGGCUCCACCACCGCCUCCAGCGUCUAGGAACAACGCUCGUCGUGGUCGCGUCCAAGGUCGUGUGUGGGCGGCGACGCAGUCUGCGCGCAGCAACCAGGAUGGACAGCGACGUUUCGAAGAACGCGCAGCGACACAUAUGCGUGCUGCACUCGCACGCAGGCACCAGCGUAACGCCCGCCAGCGCGAUCAUCCUGGCGGUGCUUAUGCGCGUCUGGAGGCGGAGUGGCGCGAGCGUCAUGGAGCACGUGCUCGUCCUGCGCCGUCCGCGCGCGGCCGACCCGCACUUAAGUACAAGUGAACGUGCUCUUAGUAAUCAUUAUAUGAUUUUAGUGAUGUUAUUUGUUUCAUUGUAGCAACCAUACAACU